UCGAAAGGGAAGGGAAAUGAAUGAUAACUUAUCGCAGAGGCCGCGUAAGAAAUAGACUGUAUGUGGCUGUGCUCAUACGGUAUUACCUUCUGCAGCCACGUUUGAACUUCGCAAUGACAUGGCCCGGGAUCCUGGGCUGGACAGUGUCCUUGCUCGCCUUCAUCAAGGCCCAACUCGUGAUUCUGCUCCUCCGUGUUCUUUCUGCGGGCCCUAGUUCCACGUCAUGGUACAACAUGAUAGGUGUUCGAGCGCUAGAACUAAUGCGGAUGUUUGAACUCCUCGAGGAUCUCCGGACUCAACCUUGUGUUCGAGCACUAGGACUAACACGGAUGUUUGAACUCCCAUCGGACGACUGUUGUUCCAUUGACAUUGAAAAAAUGAAAUUGCAAUUGAAUUGGAAAUUCGUGAGUCUGAGUGGCGCCGGCCGCUUGAAGGAUAUCCAAAAAGGCAAACAUUCUAACUCAGCUUCAUUUGCCACUGGUACAGCCGCGACGAGCGUUAGCACCAGCAAAGAUCAAGUGCCACAUACCAUGGAGCAAAACGGGUUUUUCAGCCUACAACAUAACGAUCAGCGUAAUCCUCAAGCGCAAGGGCCAGCGCAACUACCACUGGAUCAUAUUGUCCCAGAACCGUUGAUCGCCCCAGAACCGUUGAUCGCCCCAGAACCGUUAAUCGUCCCAGGACCGUUAAUUGUCAGCGACUCGGCGAUCGCGAUAUGGAACACUACCACGCAAACGGCUCAGGACCGAAUUCAAAAUCACCGUCCUGCGUUGCAGCGCGAGCCGAUUACAACUACUGAUGAAGACAAGUGUUGGUUGACUUUGAUGGCGUUACGGAGGGAGCAAGAGUUGGAGGAGACCAUGAGAUAUGUUGACAAUUCCUGGCGCGAGUUGAGCGAGAUCAGGAGACUAUUGGGAAUAAGGAGGAGCUCUUCAUAUGGUGGAUGA